AAUAUAUGUUAACUACAUACGUGAUACACAGUUUCUGUUGUAGCCAUUAUUGCAGUACAAAUAUUAUAUAUAAUAUAUUCAAGCCUUUCCCUUUUUGUUUCCUUUUGUCGUCUCGGUUUCGAAACGGAUUCCUGCUGUAUAAUUCAUAUUUAUCUGCGCACCCUUUGUUGUUACCCUUAUCUUCGCACCUACCAGCACUUUUGGUUUCGUGGCGUGUUUGCAUAUCUAUCUCACCAACAGUAAAAAGUGAUAAUAGCUCACAGGCACUGUGCAUAAAAUAGCUUCAUAUAUUUGUGUGUGUAUGUGUGUGCGUGCGCGAGCAAGGGGGGAUUGUACUUUCCGUUUAAAAUCACUCCACUGUUGCCUCAUCCAGUGACAGUGCACCACGUGAAUUUGAGUGUGUUUAUAAAGCCUCAGCUGGGCUUCCCAAGGGGAGAUUUUCAAGAACUGACUUCACUCUCACAUGGCUGACUGACCAUACACACACAGAGAGAGGGGAGUGUUUAUAAGCUGGUAUUUUUGGCAUCUGGCCUCAAAGGCACUGCAGCAUUUUUGAUUUCUCUCUGUGUUUAACCUUUUUGUCUACAAUAGAUGAACAUGGACGUGGAGCUCGAUGGAUUAUUUCGCCAUAAUGACUCCUAUUACUACGAUGAGAACUAUGAGUAUAAAGAGGACUUUGAGUCAAAAGCCAGUAAAGCAGUGUUGAUCCCGGUUCUGUACUCCGUGGAGUUGGUUAUAGGUCUGCUGGGGAAUGGACUGCUCCUGGCCGUUCUGGCUCAGAAGAGGCGAUCCUGGAGUAUAUCAGACACUUUUAUCCUCCACCUGAGUGUCGCGGACAUCCUACUGCUGGUGACGCUGCCCUUCUGGGCUGCACAGACCGCUCUACAUUGUGAAUCGUGCUGGGAUUUUCUCUGCAAGAUCAGUGGAACUGUUUUUAAUAUCAACUUCUACUGUGGGAUCCUUCUGCUGGUUUGCAUCAGUCUGGAUUGCUACCUGUCCAUUGCCCACGGCAUCCAGUUGUACUCCCAGAAGAGGCCCAUGUUAGCUCAUAUCAGCUGCCUGAUGGUCUGGCUCAGCUCCUUGCUCCUCACCAUCCCUGACUGGAUUUUUGUGGUGGCAAGGAAAGAUCCAGCACAAGAGAAAACAGAGUGUGUUCACAACUAUUCUCAGUCAGUAGGUGACUGGCGGCUGGCAUCACGCCUGCUCCACCACAUGCUGGGCUUUCUGCUGCCUACGGUCACCCUGAUCAUCUGCUGCUCCUAUAUCCUGCUGCAGCUGCAGCGCAGCUCUAAAGGCCUCCGGAGGCAGAGGGCCAUUAUGGUCAUCCUGCCCCUUGUAGUGGUCUUCUUUCUCUGUUGGGUGCCAUACAACAUCACACUCAUUGUGGACACCAUCAGAAGCAGCUCUAAGGAACCUGAUGAUCAUUUAUCUGGAAGUCCUAAAGGUUCCCUGAAAACAGCUCUGAUGGCCACAUCUGUUCUGGGCUGCUUUCAUACCUGCCUCAGGCCUCUCCUCUAUCUUAGCCUGUGUGGAAACUUCAGGAGACGGACACUGGCCAUGCUGAGAUGUGCUACAGUUGAAUCUGAGAGCUCGCUGUGGGAGUUGGGUGUGGGCGAGGAAGCCCUGCCUGACCAGAGUCAUGAGGGGGAAAUGCUGAAACAGAUGACAAGUGUAGAUCAUGUGCAGUCAACUGAACAGUGCUGAUGAGAGGACAAAAAUGCCCUCCUGUGACUCAGAAGUGACCUGAAUAAUGAUCCACCUCUGAGGGGAAUUUAGUGCGAAGUCAUGUCAUGGGUUCAAGAGGUGGAUGACUAUAUUCUCUCUAAUGAUCAGAAAUGGACAUUUAUAAAAGAAUGACUCCGUCACAUUGUACUUUAAUGGGAAGGUUUCAGAGCCACGUCAUGGUGACAUAUACUUUUGUACUUUUUUUUGUAAUCACUGUUGCACAACUUUAGCUUGUCACUCUAAAUCAUGAUUUUUUUACUCAGUUGUAGAUAUCUGUAUUUUUAUUGACCAAAUGUAAUGUGUUACUUUCCCCCACUGGGGUUAACAUUGGACUGAUUGUAAACUUGUAAACACAAAGUUAUGCUGUGAUGCCCGUUAUACAUAUUUUACAAUACUGCUGCUUGUUUGUGUUCUGUUACAUGGUGCAAACACAACUAGUGCACACGAACCCACUUACAACUACGAGACUGUCCAGAGUUAAACCCUGCAACAGCCAGUAUUGUGCCUCUGUGAACAAGCAUGUUUUCGGACAUUAACCCAGUCGAGGAGUCGCUAUGCAGGAACCUCUGCUAGUGUAUUAUUAUUAUUAUUAUGAUUAUGAUGAUGAUUGAAAGCAUUUUUUUUUAUACAUAGUGAAAAAACUGUUUUCAACUGUUACACAAUCACCAUAAAGCUAAUGCCAUAAUGUUUGAAAUUGGAAGGGACAUAAUGUAAGCUGUUAAUCUUUCUAUUGUCAUUGUGAUCUUCCAUUAAGAUGUCCGACACAGUUUAUAACUUUAUGGCUGAUAACAUAUCACAAACUGGUUCACUUUUCAUUUUACUUGUUAUCUUCAGGCAGUGAAGUAUGUGAAUUCCACGAUUGCGCAGUGAGUGGAUGUGGAUAUCUGUGUGUGACCACAGUGCAGUGAGGGAAUUUCCCCUUGGCGAUUCCCACAGCCUUUUUGUCUUUUUAGAUUCAUUGUUGCAACAUGGUUGUGUGGACUGUAGGACACAUGAUGAUACAAACAGGUGGUGAUGUCAUCAGAGAGCGAGACAGAGGAGCAGUAAGAGGGGAAAAUGCUCUCUGUUGGUGCUGCGGCCUUUUCAUAGCUCUCUGUUUACUUUAAUCUAAAGACCUGUCUGUUUAUUUGGUGGAGAGAGAACAGUGGCAUGCUUUAUGUGUAAGGGCAGUUGACUAGAAGAAAUAGUGUAGGUGGCAAAUGGAGGAAAGAAGAGGAGUUAAAGAAGAUACAAACUUAAUUUAAAGAUCAGAGCACAUGUUGUGCUGAGCACUUAAUCUGUGGUUUCACCUCCAUGCUGCUGUGCAGGCUAUGGCUUGCCAGGCAUACCUGAUUUCUGGGCUUAAGGCAAGACAAUAAUAACAUAUAUAAAUAUUACCCGAAAUAAAGAGUACUUUCACAAUUGUGUAUUCUUUUAGAAACUCAAUGUACAGUAAUUUCACACAUGAAAAUAAACUGUUUCCCUCCUCUCAGGCCA